AUGGAGAGUUCUCAGAGAGGAAGACAAAGAUUGAAAGGAGGAACAAUAGAAACUAUGGACGAAGGAAUCAAUAACACAACGGAUAGGAUUACGGAAUUACCUGAAGGGAUUUUACACAAGAUCCUUGCUUUCUUAGAAGCAAAGGAUGCGGCUCGAACAAGCACCUUGUCAAAGAGAUGGGAAAGUGUUUGGGUUUCCUUCCCUGUUCUAGAUUUUGAUGAGACCUUCUGGCCUUCUCGCAAAAAGUUCAUAGAUUAUGUAAAAAAUUCACUGCAGCAACGCUCGCAGGUGUACAUUCAGAAGUUCAAGCUCUGUAUUAAAAAUCUGAACCAUGGAAAUUUCAAAAUAUCUUCUUGCAUUGGCUCAUGGAUAAAAUUUGCAACAAAAGGCAACCUUGAAGAGCUAGCUAUCAACAUCUCAGCUCAUAAUAUUUUUAUACCACUUCGCCAUUUUGAAGACAAAAAAUGUAGGUUUUGUUAUAGGUUGCCACAGAGCAUUUUCACAACAGAAUCUCUUACUGUAUUAAAGUUAAGAAGGUGUAAGUUGGUGUCUUCUAAUAAAGUAAAACUUCCUUGCCUGAAGACAUUAUGUUUGGAGGAAAUACAUGCAGAAGAUGGGAUCAUCCAAAAUCUAGUCUCUUCUUCCCUGCUUGUUGAGACAUUGAUUUUGAUAAGUUGCAGUGGUUUGAAGGAAUUUUACUGCUCUAGUUCACAGCUACAAACCUUAAUAGUGGAGUAUCUGCCUGAAUUGAACAAGUUUGAUAUAGAAACACCAAACCUCCAAUCCUUUUCUUUGUCAUACAAUGACCAGUUUACUAAGUUGUUUCAAAUCAACUCAGCAAGGCUGAAAUCUUUAUCACUGUGCUGCCUUACAAUAGCAGAAGAGAUAUUUCAUGGCCUGAUUUCCAAGGUGCCCCUUCUUGAGAAUCUAAAGGUGGUACGGUGUGGAUUGCCGAGAAAAGUUAAGCUCUAUAAACAGAAGCUUACAAGUUUGGUGGUGUUUAAAUGCAAGAAUCUGGUUGAACUUGAGAUUGAUGCUCCAAAACUCAUUUCAUUCAAUUAUACUGGUCAGAUGUUGCUGAUAUCUCUCAUGAACACUUCUUGCAAACUCCAUGUGGAACUUCAUUUAAAACCUAUUGCUGUUGAUUCUCGUUGGUUCUCUGAAUUGAGGGAGAUUCUUGGGUGGUUUGGUCAUGCCCAAAUUCUAACAAUAUGUUGCAAGGCUCAUAAGACUGAGAGGUUCAUCAUUCCAAAAGAAUUAAGGGAAAGUUCAGUGCCUCCACUACUUGAUCUAAAGCACUUGCAGCUAUCGACAUCCACUGAAUCAAUAAUGAAUUAUGAAGAACUUAUUGAUAGUCUGCUCUGGAUUUCUCCAAACAUUGAGACUCUAUCAAUAGAUAUGGGUUCGAGCUGCAAAACUCUAAAGGUAUGAAAGUCUCCUUCACAGAAUCUUCAUUGUGUGUACCACUACCACAAGGUCUAUGAUGACUACGUACUAGCCUCGACUUACUAUAUAUCUCAUUUCAAAUAUUUGAUGUCUACUGUGAAA